UCCCUCUCUCCCUCUCUCCCUCCCUCCCUCUCUCUCUCACAUCUCCCCCAACAGUAAGGAGAAAAAUGCUGCUAUCAGUGACUUCCAGGCCUGGGAUUUCAACUUUUGGCUAUAACAAGAACAACAAGAAGCCAUAUGUGUCAUUGGCUCAGCAGAUGGCACCUCCGAGUCCGAGCAACAGCACUCCUAACAGCAGCAGCGGGAAUAACGGGAACGAGCAGCUGAGCAAAACCAACCUGUACAUCCGGGGACUGCAGCCAGGCACUACGGAUCAGGACCUUGUUCGAUUGUGUCAGCCAUAUGGCAAGAUUGUGUCCACGAAGGCCAUCCUGGACAAGACCACAAACAAGUGCAAAGGCUAUGGCUUUGUGGAUUUUGACAGCCCUUCAGCAGCACAAAAGGCUGUAACCGCCCUGAAAGCCAGCGGUGUACAGGCCCAGAUGGCAAAGGUAAGGAUGGAGUCCACAGAGAAGUGUGAAGCCAUCAUCACCCACUUUAAUGGAAAAUAUAUUAAGACACCCCCUGGAGUGCCAGCACCAUCUGAUCCCUUGCUUUGCAAAUUUGCUGAUGGUGGACCAAAGAAACGACAGAACCAAGGAAAAUUUGUGCAAAAUGGACGGGCCUGGCCAAGGAAUGGAGACAUGGGAGGUAUGGCCUUGACCUAUGACCCAACCACAGCGCUUCAGAAUGGAUUUUACCCAGCACCGUAUAACAUCACUCCCAGCAGGAUGCUGGCUCAGCCUGCGCUCUCUCCUUAUCUGCCGUCUCCCGUGUCUUCCUAUCAGAGAAUGACACAGACAUCGCCUCUACAAGUACCUAACCCAUCCUGGAUGCACCACCAGUCAUACCUCAUGCAGCCUUCAGGCUCAGUUCUAACACCAGGGAUGGAUCAUCCCAUUUCUCUCCAGCCUGCCUCCAUGAUGGGACCCCUUACCCAGCAACUGGGCCACCUCUCGCUCAGCAGCACAGGCACGUACAUGCCAACAGCUGCCACUAUGCAAGGAGCUUACAUCUCCCAGUACCCACCUGUGCCUUCUUCUAACGUUUCAGUUGAGGAGAACAGUGGCCAGCAAAAUCAAGUGGCAGUGGAGACACCCUCAGACCAUGGGGUUUACUCUUUCCAGUUCAGCAAGUAACGACAGACCUGGGCCAAGAGAAGAAACCUUGACACUCCUGCCCUGUGCUGUUUCUUCAUUGCUGACGGAGGCUGGGCACCUGUCACUUUUUCUAUGUGCUACACUCAAGGAGAUCAAAGAAACCUUUUUCUUUUGCAAAGAAAGUUUUUUGCUUUGUUUUUCUUGCAAUGUACUUUUCUCCUACCCCAAAGAGACAUGGCGGCUGGAGCUUCUCAUCUGCAUGAAGAACUUUUUUUUUUUUUAAUUAUUCAUUGGCGUGAUUUGAGAAGGCUUUUAAAAUGAUUGGAAUUAUCUCUUUAAACCAAAACAAAAAACAGAAAGACAUGGUGCUAGAAGGCUGACAAAGGAGCCUGCUUGCUGCGUUUGGUUAUGGACUUUUUUUUUGAUAUGUGUGUAUGUGUUUAAGAAAUAUGCAGACUUUGUUUUGUAAAACUCUCAGCUCACAUCAGUCUCCUUUUUACACAUUUUUUUUUGGUUUGCUUUCUCUCAUCCAAGUUGUUCUGUUUUUCUUUUCCA